UUCCCAGGACCACCCUCUGGCCCUUCCACCCCCUUCUCCCCCCAAACCUCCCCUCCACCCUCCAACCACUUACUCCAGCAAUUUAGGGUAUCCCCUCAUCUGAGAAGACUCCUAACUGCCCUGAUGGGGGACAGGGGUCCACGCAGAGUGACACAGCUGGUGACAUGGGAGGUUAUGGGACAGGAACAGGGGCAAAGGCAAAAAGGAGGAGCCGUUAUAGGAAACGGUGUGAGUGAUAGAAGAUGGAAUCAAUCAGAAUGGGAAGGCAGCAUGGAGUGUGAGUGGUGGGAGGGGGUGACGUGGGAGGGUAGGAACAGAGGAGGGAGCCCAAAUGGUGGGAGGGGCAGCGGGUAGAGGACAUGGGGGGCAACCUCAGCCGACUCAUGGGGGGCCCUUCCUGCCAUGCCCCAGCUGCUCCCAGAGCUGCUCCAGCUGCCACCCUCACGUAACCAGAGCCUGCCUGUUGCAUCAGAGGCGGGCAGGCGGCCGCAGGUAAACAGAGCAGCCCUCGGGGGGCCUGGGGCUCCCCAGCCACCUCCAUGCUCCCCAAGCUUCGUUCUGCACCUUGGAGCUGAGGCAGAAGCCCCCAGCCAGGCCUGGGCUCUGGUAGUCUUCCCGCGUGUGAGUCCCGGGCCCCUAACUCCAGGGGCGGGGCCACGCCCAAGUGGCCGCCCACCACAGCCCACGGGCACGCCCUCUACGCAAAUGAACCCGCCCCGUCCAAUCAGCUCCCGGGGGCGGGGCCUCCCGCUCUGGAGGCACCUGCGGCCGCCCGGCAUCCGGAGCUCUGUGCCGCCGCCGGUCGGUGCGCGAGCCUCCGCGGGCCCAGGCCGAGCAGAACAAGGUUGCUCCACCUAGCCUGAGACAAUGGGGAGGAAAAAAAUCCAGAUUUCACGCAUUCUGGACCAAAGGAAUCGGCAGGUGACAUUUACCAAGCGGAAGUUCGGGCUGAUGAAGAAAGCCUACGAGCUGAGCGUGCUCUGCGACUGUGAGAUUGCCCUCAUCAUCUUCAACAGCGCCAACCGCCUCUUCCAGUACGCCAGCACAGACAUGGACCGCGUGCUCCUCAAGUACACGGAGUACAGUGAGCCCCACGAGAGCCGCACCAACACCGACAUCCUCGAGACACUGAAGCGGAGGGGUGUGGGCCUCGAUGGACCAGAGCUGGACCCAGAUGAGGGGCCUGAGGGGCCAGGAGAGAAGCUGCGGAGGCUGGCAGGUGAUGGGGGUGACCCAGCCUUGCCCCGACCCCGACUCUAUCCAGCAGCCCCAACUAUGCCCAGCCCGGACAUGGUCUAUGGGGCCCUGCCCCCACCAGGCUGUGAACCCAGUGGGCUCGGAGAGGCCCUGUCCGCUCAGAGCCGCCCAUCCCCCUUCAGGCCAGCAGCCCCCAAAGCGGGGCCCCCAGGCCUGGCACACCCUCUCUUCUCGCCGAGCCACCUCGCCAGCAAGACACCACCUCCCCUGUACCUGGCAGCGGACGGGCGGAGGCCAGACCUGCCUGGUGGCUUGGCCGGGGCCCGGGGGGGACUGAGUACCUCGAGAGGCCUCUAUGGGAGCCUGCAGAGUCCAGGCUCCGCGGCAGCCCCAGGCCCUCCGCUCGGAAGCUUCCCCUUCCUCCCUGCAGGCCCCCCAGAAUAUGGCCUGGGAGACCCUCCUCCACCCCCCGGCUUGCUGCAGCCCCCCACUCUGGCCCCCUGGCAGCCCUCGAGGGGUGAUGGGCCCCCAGCCGGCCCCGCUCAGCCCAGCGGGGGCCGCAGCCUGGGCGAGGAGGGCCCCCCCACCCGCGGCGCCUCCCCACCAACGCCCCCAGUCAGCAUCAAAUCAGAGCGCCUCUCGCCCGCCCCCGGGGGCCCCGGCGACUUUCCCAAGGCCUUCCCCUACCCCUUGCUCCUGGCCCGGCCGCUGGCAGAGCCCCUACGGCCCGGGCCCCCCCUGCGCCGGCUGCCCACUGCUGACAGCUGGCCCCGGUAGUGGACCCAGCGUUGCACCGGCCCUGCCCCCCCAUUCCAGGUGGGACGAGGCAACGUGGGGUCCCAACCUCCCUCCCCGCAUCCUGAGAGAAGACCCAGCACUUACGAGCCCCUCCGGGGUGGGGCUCGGGAGGGGGAAGGCU